AUGGGUAAAACUCAGUCUAAGCUCACUCAGGAUCAGUUGCAGGAGUUGCAGAAGGCUACGCUUUUCGAACGCAAGGAACUUCAGCAAUGGUACAAAGGUUUCCUCAAGGACUGUCCUUCUGGGUCUCUUGGAAAGGUCGAAUUUCAGAAAAUAUACAAGCAGUUUUUUCCGUUUGGCGACCCCACCACUUUCGCAGACUAUGUCUUCAAGGUGUUCGACGCGGAUAAUUCCGGUCAAAUUGAUUUCAAGGAGUUUAUCGUCGCUUUGAGCGUCACCUCACGCGGAUCCUUAGAGGACAAGCUCAAUUGGGCGUUUCAACUCUACGAUAUUGAUGGUGAUGGAGAGAUUAGUUACGAUGAGAUGUUGAUGAUUGUGGAGGCUAUCUACAAAAUGGUCGGAUCCAUGGUAAAACUUCCUGAGGACGAGGACACACCCCAGAAGCGGGUUACAAAGAUCUUUAAAAUGAUGGAUAAGGACGAGAACGGAAGCUUGACCUUGGCUGAAUUCCGUGAAGGAAGCCAAAAGGACGCAACCAUCGUCUCUGCCCUAUCCCUCUACGAUGGGCUCGUCUAAUGCCUGGCGUUAUUUUCUACUUUUUCUUUCUCUUUUUUCCUACCUGUCUCUCUUCACUGUUCCUAUUCCUUUUUCUUUUACAUUUCUUUGCUCGUCCACAAGCGCUUCCUGCGACAUCAAAAUCGUGAUAUCUCGCGUUCGCAUUCCUCUUACCUCCCCCUAACCUAAAGUUCGAAUAACUAGUAUCUAGUCAUGCCUCGAAACCUUUAUAUGGUUACAUGAUGGGUUUCAGUCUACCGGUAGUUCAGAGGGGGACUGCCGAAUACAUGUCACUGCUUGUUUCAAGUUAGUGUAAAGUUCGACGAGCACGGGUUUCUCUUGGCUUCUUCUUCUCCUUUCAUUUCUCUGUCUUUUCAAGUCCAUGGAAGUUCAAAGAACGGAGUCCGUGUUGGAAUUGUCUUCUCAUUGCUUUCACCCGGUUUUGUUUGUGAGGGGAAAAGAGUUCAAUGUAGCCAUCCGGUCUUGUUAAUUGCCCAA